AUGCCACUCUUGUACCUCCAGGGGGAAAAAAAGCAACAAACCCAUCCCGAUCCUCCCUUUGUCGUCUUGAGCGUUUCGCGUUGCCGUUGGCUUGUGUUGUCAGGGUUGUCGAUCAAACAUGUUUACCCCUCCCACACUCCGCUCGUCUGCAUACGUCCUCCCGAAACCAGUUUCCAAUCUUUCUUCAUUGUAACGUUGACUGACAUUUGCUGUCUUGAAAUAGGCGAUGGCGAAUACAUGGACGAACACCAUCACCACCACCAGGCCCCCGCUGGCCAGGAGGGCGGCGACGUCAGACAGUCGCAGGUCUUUUCCGGAAGCUACGGCGGUCACGGAGGCUACCCGGCAUCCAGCUCCGGCUCGAUGCCGCACAUGGGCAGCAGCUCCCACGCCGGCGCCAUUUCUGCCCGUCGCCACAGCCGCAGCGACAACGGCGAGCCCGAGGAUUUGUUCCCUAACAUCCCCGAGGCCAAGAAGCGUAAGUUCAUUCUCGUCGAGGACAAUGUCCGCGGUUCGCGUCUGCGUGUUAGAGUCACGCUCGACGGUGUCGAUACCAAGGAAAUUCCCGACUCCUUCCGCAAGGGCGCUUCCGUCUUCCCGCGGUCGUACUUCCCACGCGAGAUGCAGAGCCCCCCGCCGUCUGCCACCGGCACCAAGUUCUUCCAGGAGGAUGCCGAUGAGGAGGACGAUGGUGUUGAAGACACUGAGGGCCGUAGCUCCCGCCGAGGCCGUGGAAACAGCAAGUCCAUGGUCAAGGUUCCGAUUGGCGAGAACACCGAAGGCGAGGUCGCCAUUCCCCGCAUGAGGAAGAGUGUCCGAGGCAAGGAGGUCCGACUCAACGACCUCGGAUACCGCAUGGCCUGGCUGCAGAGCAGAGUCUUUGCGGGACGGACAGUCUUCCUCCAGAGAGCUCUGGACUGCUACCGCAACAAGACCCGUACUGCCAUUGAAUCCAUCAUGCAGGAUGUCAAGACGCUCGUUCCUCACUUUGAGACGCGUGUCGGCAAGCGGAAGUGGAACGAGAGAAUGAGAAAGGGAGAGGCUGAUGAGUAA